AGUUUUUGAUAUACAAAAACCAGGGUAGAGAAGGAAGAAGACUUGAUAGAGAAAGGAGUAACGAAGAAGAAGAAGAAGAAGCCGGACGGGAUUUGACUGAAGCUGCCGUCUUGGAUUACAUUCUCCAUUGAUCUUUACAAGAACUGUUGCCAAAUGUGGCGGUGGAACUCUUUACUAUCUUGAACAGCCGGCUGUCAUUGUUUCUGAGCUUAAAAUAAUCGCAUAACGAGCCGACGAAGAUCCGUUGUUAUUGAGUUCGAUUUCUUCGUUUUCUAGGGUUAUUAGGCAAGUGUAUGUUGUUAUUGUGAUACCCUUUUUUUUUUAAAUUGUUAAUCAGUUUGAAGAAAUGGAUGAUACAGAGGAAGUUAGAAUGGAUAUGAUUCAAAGGUUACAAUCUUCUUUUGGAACUUCACCUUCUUCACUUCAAAAGAAACCUAUUUCCAUUAAUCAAUUAGAUAUACCUCACUUUAAUACCUCCCAAAUUCGUGCUCCCGUGAGGCAAUUUUCAUCAAAUUUUAGUGCUGAAGCGAGUAAAAGAGUGGGCAUGCCACCUUCCCAUCCACAUAUCCCACCGAUUUCACCUUAUUCACAGAUCCCAAUGAACCGUCCAGUUAAUCAACAAAGUUUCAGUCCUGGACCGACUCACUCUCGAUCUUUAUCACAACCAUCAUUCUUCUCUCUCGAUUCCUUACCUCCGCUUAGUCCAUCUCCUUACAAAGACUCGCCAGCUUCAUCCAAUUCCGGCCCAUUAUCAACUGAUGUGUCAAUGGAGGAUAAAGAUGUGAAUUCUCACUCGAUGUUGCCUCCUUCUCCUUUCACAAGAGGUGGUCCAUCAAGGGUUGGAGAAAGCCUUCCACCUCGAAAAGCCCAUCGUCGCUCCAACAGCGAUAUUCCAUUUGGAUUUUCCAGUAUGAUUCAGCAGCCUUCGCCUACAUUUGUUCAGGUUAGGGUUCCACCUGUCCAAUUAGUUAAACGGGAAGUAAGUUGGGAUAAAAGCAGUGAGAACAACUCAGAUGAGACUGGUGAAGUUGGGGAUGAUCUGUUUUCUGCUUAUAUGAAUUUGGACAACAUCGAUGCUUUGAAUUCUUCUGGGACAGAUGAAAAGCAAUCGAAUGAUAAUAAAGAGGACAGCAGAGCGAGUGGCUCGAAAACUAAUGGAUGUGAUAGCAGUGAUAAUGAAGCAACCAGCAGUAGUGUCAAUGAAACUGGUAAUAAAAGGGAAGGAGUUAAAAGGAAUGCAGGUGAAGAGAUUGGUCCGACAUCCAGGCAUUAUAGAAGUCUUUCGAUUGAUAGUUUCAUGGGAAAGAUGAAUUUUGGCGAGCUCCCACCUGUCAAUUCAAUUGAUGCCAAGUCAAAUAAUGGCUUCAGUUUGGAAUUUGGAAACGGAGAAUUCAGUGGUGCAGAACUUAAGAAAAUAAUGGCUAAUGAGAAACUUGUUGAAAUAGCUUUGAGUGAUCCUAAGCGAGCCAAAAGGAUCUUGGCAAACCGCCAAUCUGCUGCACGUUCCAAGGAAAGGAAAAUGCGAUAUAUUGGAGAGCUGGAACACAAAGUUCAGACACUACAGUCGGAGGCAACUACUUUGUCUGCUCAACUGACUCUUCUGCAGAGAGAUUCUUCUGUACUUACUAACCAGAACAAUGAGUUGAAGUUUCGUAUAGAAGCCAUGGACCAACAGGCUCAACUUAGAGAUGCUCUGAAUGAAGCAUUGUCAGCUGAGGUUCAGCGAUUGAAGAUGAUAACUGCGGAGAUGAACGGUGGAGAUCCAUCCAAGUUUCAACAACUCUCUCUCAAUCCCCAAAUGUUUCAGGUACACCAUCAGCAACAACAACAAACCCUAAAACCCACACAGCAUGAAUCCAAAUCCUAGGUUGGGAAGGAGAACAAAAAUAAAAAGUGUCUACAGCAAAACCUGUUUUGAUUUCCCCUCCAUAGUUAUUACUAUUGUUUUUUUGUGUGGGUCGAGAGUCCUAUUUAUUCUUUAAUUGUUUUCGAGUAAACACAAUCAAUCAAGCUAUGUAGUUAACAGAUACCAGUCCUAUUAUCUAAGACGUGUUGGAUUAGGGUUUUCAUGCAGAAAGAAAAACUUAUAUAUUUUAUAGUUAUUUACUUUGUCUGGACAACAGUUGGAGAGUUAAAGACAGUCUUUUGUUAUUCUCUAUGAGUUUCUGUUAUAUAUAAAUCCAUAAUGGAAGGUAAACUUGUCAUUC